GCUAUUCCACACACUCUCAGUAAUUGAGACAUGAUGAGACAUGAUGAGAGUGGUCUCGGCUCAGAUGAAGCUCACUGUGGACUAAGGCAAGGAGAGAGCAUAAAAUGAACACCCUGCAUUUCCUAGCCACACAGUAGCUGCCGCAGUUGCACAAACUGCUUUCUCAUCAGCAAUAUUCCCAACACUUUGGGAUUCACCUGGAAUUUCUCUUAAAGACCACAUGGAAAAGAUGCACGCAGCUGCUGGUGUAGGAGGUGCAUUGAUUUGCAAGGCAGACAGAUGUACAUGUAAAUAGAGAUUUUUUGUCAUUGAGCAGGAGAUGUGGUGGAAUGCCGCACGUCACUCAAAAGUAUCGCCAUGGUAACUGAGCGCGUUCAUCACCAAGAAACAAGUUAUAAACAAUCAGAGCAUUGUGUGGGGCCAGCUCGACAUGCUGCAACCUCUGGAGUGCUGAGCCGAAGUUUUUGACAGGACAAAAUGUCACAGACGGAAGUGUGGGUAGGUGUAUGGAGGCCUCACAAGCCAAGAGGCCCCAUUGCAGCCCUUUACAGCAGCCCUGGGCCAAAAUACGCCCUUCCCGGUAGCACAGGAUAUGAUUUUCAUGAUCCAAGGAAACUACAAGCACCAGCAUUCAGUUUUGGCAUACGUCGCGGUCAGGGAACUUCUGAGAUGUCCCCUGGACCCAGCUACCUGGUCCCAUCCAAUAUCACCCGGAUAGGGCGUAGUGGAACACCAUCCUACUCACUUUAUAGUCGUCCCAAAGAUUGCCUUCGCUUCCAGACUCCUGGGCCAGGCAAAUAUGCUCCAGAAAGAUCCGGAAAGUCUGCAUAUUUCAGUCCCCCAGCAUUCUCAAUGUCAGCACGGACAGGAGGCCUCCUUAAUCCUAGAUCCCCAGGGCCUGCAGCUUAUUCUUUGCCUUCCGUACUUGGAACCAAGACUGUGAACAAACCCUCUGCCCCAAACUUCUCCCUCACUGGGAGGAGCAAGGUUGGCAGUUUUCAUGAGGACCUUCAAAAGACACCAGGGCCCGGAACUUACAAAAUGGUGGAACCCAGCAGCUACAAAUACAAGCCUCCCCAGUACAGCAUGAUCGGUCGCAAUGUUAUGCCUGGGGAUCUCACAGAGAAACCAGGACCAGGAGCCUACCAGCCAGAAGGAGUCACGUUCACAAAGAAGAAAUUCCCAAGUUUCUCUUUUGGAAUCCGGCAUUCAGAGUUUUCUACUCCUGUCUUUUUGGACAAAGAAGACUAGUGUCCUGCUACAUAUAUAAUCUAAGAACAGCAUUUUGUCAUGAGUGUAAAGACAUCGCUCAACAAUGUGCUGCAAACAAACUAAUAAAGCAGUGAAGCAUCUCAUAA